AUGAAUUAUCCGAGCGUCUUAGCUCACUUCUUCAUUUCGUUACAAUUCUUUGCGCAAGUUCAAGCCCAGGGAUCCGGAGCAGACCCGUACGCUCCUGUCUACACCUCAUGUCCCCAGAAUUUGUCCGUCCGGGCAGCUUCAACUGGCUUGUCUGACAAUGAAAAAGCAUGGCGAGAUCUGCACGCCAAGCAAAUCAUCCCUGAGCUCAAGUCCUACUUGACUCUCGCCAACAUCAGUGGCUUCGAUGUUCAGCAAUACAUCAACCAGAUCAACGCCACCAAUCUGCCCAUUGUCGGUCUUUCAGUCUCAGGCGGCGGCACGCAGUCGGGUCUCGGCGGCCUGGGCGUCUGGCAGGCAUAUGAUGCGCGAAAUCCCGGGGCCAUCGCCUCACGGACAGGCGGUCUCACGCAGAUUCUGUCAUACAUAACAGGGCUCAGCGGUGGUGGUGCCGUCACAGUCGGAAUACUUGCAGGAAGCAAUUUCAGCACAACGGCCCAGAUCAGGACAACCACCAAUUUCUCGGUGCCGUACUCCAACCCGACGGGCAACUACACCCAGUUCUUCACGGAGAUCUUUGAGAAUACUGGGGCCAAGGCCGAGGCUGGGUUCCCAAUCUCAGUUGUCGACCCCUUUGGACAGUUCUGGGGCAACUGGCUCCCUAAAAAUGCCAUUUUCUCCAACUACUCUGACCUCGCGAACCCGAAUAACAACGGUGCCUUCGCCCUCGGCACUGCGCCCAUGCCCAUCAUGGUCCUGGCAGAGGUCAUCCCCGGCAAGUCCCCCGAGAUUGGCAAGAUCAUGUACCCUGGGUUCAACAGCACGAACCAGUUCAAUCUCACUUCGUACGAGGUGACCCCCUUCGAGUUUGGCAGCUGGGCGGGAGGGCGCGUGCAGGCCUUCAUGCCAACCCAGUACCUGGGCACGUCCAUGUCGAACGGGAAGCCUCAGAACGACAGCGUGUGCGCCGUGGGCUUUGACAAGCUUACAUUCAUCCAGGGUACGACGGGGUGUGCGUUCGACGCUUGGUUCAUCGACUCUUUUUACCAAAUUCCACUAUUCGCGAAGCGGGAGCUAGAGAGCCGUCAGCAGCAGCAACAGCAGCAGCAGGGGCAACAGCAACAGCAGCAACAGCAACAGCAGCUGGACGAUAUCCCCAUUCCACCGAGCCAGCAGGACAGCCCGCUCGUCUUUCUGGUGAAUCAGACGGCGGUCAACUUCAACCAGACCUUGAACGACUCCAUGUGGGGGACGUAUCCCAACCCCUUCCAGGACUACAAUGAUGACAUGAAGAAUGUCGAUGAGCUUCUGCUGAUUGACGGAAGUUUAACGGGCGAAACCAAUCCAAUCCGCCCGCUGAUCAUCCCAGAGCGCCAUGUAGACUUCAUCAUCGUAUACGAAGCGUCGUCAGACUCAAAGAACUACUGGGUCAACGGAACCAACCUCAUCAACACCCAAAAGUCCGCCUCUCAGGGGAACAUCCCCUUCCCCCAGAUCCCAGACGUCAAGACAAUGGUGACGCAGAACCUGACCAGGCAGCCCACCUUCUUCGGCUGCAACGCCUCCGACAGCACGCCCCUGGUCCUGUACCUGCCCAACUCGCCCUGGUCGGGCUACACCAACUACUCGUACAUGCAGGACUCCUUCACCAACAACCAGCUCAACGCCGCCUUCGACAACGCCUUCCAGCUGGCCACGUACGGCAACGGCACCGUCGACGCCAACUGGCCCGCCUGCCUGGCCUGCGCGACCAUCAAGAAGAGCGCGAAGCGCGUCAACGUCACCCUGCCCCCCGUGUGCACCACGUGCUUCAAUCAGCACUGCUGGAACGGGACGAACAGCACGGCCAACAUCACGGAUGCGGAUACGAACCCCAGGCUGAGGCUCAACUCGAGCGUGAGCUUUGAGCAGUGGAACACCACGGUUUGGGGGGGCAAUUCUUCCACUAUGACAAGUAACUCGAGCAGUGGGACCGAGAAGGACGAGAAGGACGGGUCGGCUGGCUUGGUGAGGCCGCUAGGCACCAGUGCUUUUGCCGUUGUCAUGGCGGUUCUCAUGGCGGUGAUCAUGUGCUAG